GGCUCCUCCCCUUCAGUCUUGCACAGGUGUACCGGCUCCUCCCCUUCAGCCUUGCACAGGUGUAUCGGCUCCUCCCCUUCAGCCUUGCACAGGGUGUACCGGCUCCUCCCCUUCAUUCUUAGCACAGGUGUACCGGCUCCUCCCCCUUUCAUUCUAAGCACAGGUGUACCGGCUCCUCCCCUUCAGUCUAGCACAGGUGUACCGGCUCCUCCCCUUCAGUCUUGCACAGGUGUAGCGGCUCCUUCCCUUUAGUCUUGCACAGGUGUACUGACUCCUCCCCUUCAGUCUUGCACAGGUGUA